GGGGAAGGAAACGAAGCUCGUCAAGAUCCCCCAGUGUGCCGUCUACUGUAAUUGAAAAAGAUCUGCCGCCGUUUUUUCCCCUUGUUUCUCCAGGUUCCGCUGCUAGACUUUAAACCGCACCACUGCCCGAUUGACGAACCACAAGGUGACUUGAUCGAGUGAGAGAAACACCAAUUGCGCCCGCGUCACUAGCUUUCCCUCGGCUUCCCUCUCUCUCUCUCUCUCUCUCUCUCAAAGCGCACGAGGGAAACGAACGGAGCGAAACCACACCCACGCCGACUUGGACGUUCCUUGCGGUAGUCCGGUUCACUAGAAAGGGACAAUCCCGAUUAACGACACGAUCAACUACAUCAUACACAUACGCUCGCGCACAUAUUUCCGUAGCCAAAAUGAAUACCUCGGCGUCACCUCUCGCGAGGAGUCUUCAGCGCAGCACGCGCAACCUCUCAAGGUGUCGAUUCCAGGCUACACGUCCCGCUCAAGCAGGACUCGCCACCACGGCUACCACCAGCUCAACAACCCAGUCAAGAAGCACGACUGGCAGGAUACCUUCUACACGGGGCUCUGCGGGCGUCACGAUCUUCAGGCCCAUUGGCGCACGCACUUUCACGACGAGUAGGACACGACGAAGCAACGAGGACGACGAAUUCGAUCCGGCAACGAUCGAGCGUGAAGCAGAUGAGGUCGAUGUUGUCAUUGUAGGCGGCGGCCCCGCCGGGCUCAGCGCCGCGAUCCGACUCAAGCAGCUCGCCAACGAAGCCGGCAACGAAAACUUCCGCGUUCUCCUCCUCGAAAAGGCCGGCGAGAUGGGUGCCCACAUCCUCUCGGGCGCCGUCAUCCAGCCCACGGCCAUUGACGAGCUCAUCCCGGACUGGCUGUCCGAGGACAACCCGGACCGCUUCGAGUACGCCACGCCCGCUGGCGGUGACCGCAUGCGCUUCCUCACGAAGUCGGCCGCGAUCCCCCUCCCGACCCCACCGCAGAUGCACAACGACGGGAACUAUAUUGUCUCGCUCAACCAGUUUACAAAGUGGCUGGGCGACCGCGCCGAGGAGCUCGGCGUCGAGGUGUACCCUGGUUUCGCCGCCUCCGAGGUGCUCUACAACGAGGUCGACGGCAGCGUAAAGGGCGUCGCGACAAACGAUCUCGGCAUCGGCCGCGACGGGAAGCCAAAGGACGCGUUUGAGCGCGGCAUGGAGUUCCACGCGCGCUGCACUCUCUUCGCCGAGGGGUGCCACGGCAGCCUGAGCAAGCAGGUCAUUAAGAAGUUUGACCUGCGCCGCGACAGCCAGCACCAGACGUACGCGCUGGGAAUCAAGGAGGUGUGGGAGGUGCAGCCGGAGAAGUUCCAAAAGGGGUCCAUCACGCACUCCAUGGGCUACCCGCUGUCCAAGGACCUGUACGGCGGCGGCUGGAUGUACCACUUUGGUGACAACCUGGUGAGCAUCGGCCUCGUCGUCGCGCUCGACUACGAGAACCCCUGGGUCUCGCCCUACGGCGAGUUCCAGAAGAUGAAGCACCACCCCAUGUACAAGGAGGUCCUCGAGGGCGGCAAGUGCCUCACGUACGGCGCGCGCGCGCUGAUUGAGGGCGGGUUCCAGUCGAUCCCCAAGUGCGCGUUCCCCGGUGGCGCGCUGAUUGGCGACUCGGCUGGAUUCGUGAACCUGCCCAAGAUCAAGGGCACGCACAACGCCAUGAAGUCGGGCAUGCUCGCCGCCGAGGCCGCCUUCAGCGCACUCUCCUCGUCGUCCGGCAGCAGCGCGGUAGCGGAGGAGGGAGAGGGAGAGGAUGCCGAGGAGAGGCCGCGCGACACCGUCUUCCUGUACGACUACGAAGACAAGCUCCGCGAAUCCUCCAUCUGGAAAGAACUCAAAGAAGUCCGCAACUUCCGCCCCUCGUUCCACACCCCGCUCGGUCUGUACGGCGGCAUCGCCUACUCGGGUCUCGAGGCGUACGUCCUGAAAGGCCGCGUCCCCUGGACGCUGAAGCACAAGACGCCGGACCACGCGGCGACGGGCAGCGCGGACAAGUUCCCCAAGAUCGAGUACGCCAAGCCGGACGGCAAGAUCUCGUUUGACAUCCUCACGAGCGUCAGCCGCACGGGCACGAACCACGAGGAGGACCAGCCGGUGCACCUGCAGGUCAAGGACUGGGAGAAGCACACGCGGGAGACGUGGCCCAAGUUCAAGGGCGUCGAGAACCGGUUCUGUCCGGCGGGCGUGUAUGAGUAUGUUGAGGACGAGACCAAGGAGCUUGGGGUCCGGUUCCAGAUCAACGCGCAAAACUGCAUCCACUGCAAGACGUGCGACAUCAAGGCGCCGAACCAGGAUAUCAACUGGCAGGUCCCGCAGGGCGGCGAGGGUCCCAAGUACUACAUGUCAUGAGACGCCUUUUUAUAUGUCCAUCAGCAUCAUGGCUGGGGAGUAUUUACUACCGGAUAGAAAAAGCAUUUUCUUUCUCUCAUCCGAUCUAGACAAAAGCCGUCACAUCUUUUCCCCCAUCUGAUCAAGCCCAGAAGUAUAGGAGGGUACAUCCAUAUGAUAGUACUCAGGAUGGAGUAGGUAGGAGGAAUGCAAGGGGUGGCUGAGAGUAUGGGCUUUGAACAUAUAGAGGCCUUUCUCCAAAUACAAUACCGGUGUCAAUGGGAGUUUGUGUUACCGCACUUGGGGAGGAGGUUGCAUCCAUAGUCGGAAUAUCCGGUCAAGAAUGAGUAAAAGGCAG